AUGGAGAACGUCACACUUAUUGUCAGCUCCAGGCUCAGGAGCAAGUUUGUUCACUGGAGACUCUUCUGUUUCAUUUGCUCGCUAGACGUAUGCAUCCCCAGGACUGCCCAGCAAGUAAUCAGGUUUGGAGGAAUUUUUGAAACUGCAGAAAAUGAACCAGUUAAUGUUGAAGAAUUAGCUUUCAAGUUUGCAGUAACCAAUAUUAACAGAAACCGAACACUUAUACUUAAUAAUACAUUAACUUAUGACAUCCAGAGAAUUAAUCUUUUUGAUAGUUUUGAAGCCUCAAGAAGAGCAUGUGACCAGCUUGCACUUGGGGUGGCUGCACUGUUCGGCCCAUCUCAUAUCUCCUCAGUCAGUGCUGUUCAGUCUAUUUGCAAUGCCCUCGAAGUUCCUCACAUACAGACUCACUGGAAACAUCCAACAGUGGAUAAAAAUGAUAUGUUUUAUAUCAACCUCUAUCCAGAUUAUGCAGCCUUCAGUAGGGCCGUCCUGGACUUGAUACUCUACUAUAACUGGAAAAUAGUGACCGUGGUAUAUGAAGACAAUACAGGUCUAAUUCGCCUGCAAGAGCUGAUCAAGGCUCCUUCCAAAUACAAUAUUAAAAUAAAAAUCCGCCAACUGCCCUCUGGGAAUAAAGAUGCCAAGCCUUUAUUGAAGGAAAUGAAGAAAGGAAAGGAGUUCUAUGUAAUAUUUGAUUGUUCGUAUGAAAUGGCAGCUGAAAUACUUAAACAGAUUCUUUUUAUGGGUAUGAUGACUGAAUAUUAUCACUACUUUUUCACAACACUGGAUUUCUUUGCACUAGACCUGGAAAUCUACAAAUACAGUGGAGUAAAUAUGACUGGAUUUCGGCUACUUAAUAUCGAUAAUCCUCGGGUUUCAUCCAUUAUUGAGAAGUGGUCAAUGGAAAGACUGCAAGCUCUACCCAAGUCAGAGAUGGGUCUACUUAAUGGCAUGAUGACAACUGAAGCAGCUUUGAUGUAUGACGCUGUGUAUGCAGUGGCUAUUGCCUCUCACCAAGCUUCUCAGAUGACUAUCAGCUCCCUGCAGUGUCACCGACACAAACCAUGGCGCUUUGGACACAGAUUUAUUAAUUUGAUCAAAGAGGCACAGUUGGAUGGUUUGACUGGGCGUAUCACCUUCAAUAAAACAGAUGGUUUAAGGAAGGAUUUUGAUUUGGACAUUAUUAGUCUCAAGGAGGAAGGGACAAAAAAGAUUGGAAUUUGGAAUUCCAACAGUGGUCUUAAUAUGACUGACAGCAAUAAAGACAAGUCCACUAAUAUCACUGACUCACUGGCUAAUCGAACGCUCAUAGUUACCACCAUUCUGGAAGAGCCCUAUGUAAUGUUCAAAAAAUCUGACAAGCCUCUGUAUGGGAAUAAUAGAUUUGAAGGGUACUGCCUGGAUUUGCUUAAAGAGUUGUCAAAUAUUCUGGGUUUCACUUAUGAUGUUAAACUAGUUCCUGAUGGUAAAUAUGGAGCCCAGAAUGACAAAGGAGAAUGGAAUGGGAUGGUCAAAGAACUUAUAGAUCAUAAAGCCGACCUGGCAGUUGCUCCUCUUACAAUUACCUAUGUGAGAGAGAAGGUCAUCGACUUUUCCAAACCCUUCAUGACACUGGGCAUUAGCAUUUUAUACAGGAAACCCAAUGGCACAAAUCCUGGCGUCUUCUCCUUCCUCAAUCCUCUCUCUCCUGACAUUUGGAUGUAUGUUCUCUUAGCCUGCCUUGGAGUCAGCUGUGUCCUCUUUGUGAUUGCAAGGUUUACACCCUAUGAAUGGUAUAACCCCUACCCAUGCAAUCCUGAUUCAGAUGUGGUGGAAAACAAUUUUACUUUACUAAAUAGUUUCUGGUUUGGAGUCGGAGCUCUCAUGCAGCAAGGCUCAGAGCUAAUGCCCAAAGCUCUUUCUACAAGAAUAGUAGGAGGAAUUUGGUGGUUUUUCACCUUAAUCAUCAUUUCAUCCUACACUGCAAAUCUGGCUGCCUUCUUAACAGUAGAGAGAAUGGAGUCCCCCAUAGAUUCAGCAGAUGAUUUGGCAAAGCAAACAAAGAUAGAAUAUGGGGCAGUGCGAGACGGAUCAACAAUGACCUUCUUUAAGAAAUCAAAGAUAUCCACUUAUGAGAAAAUGUGGGCUUUCAUGAGCAGCAGGCAGCAGACAGCCUUGGUAAAAAACAAUGAUGAAGGUAUCCAACGUGUACUCACCACCGACUAUGCUCUACUGAUGGAGUCCACCAGCAUUGAGUAUGUGACUCAGAGAAACUGCAACCUUACUCAGAUUGGAGGACUUAUUGAUUCCAAAGGUUAUGGAGUGGGAACGCCUAUUGGCUCUCCUUACCGGGAUAAAAUUACUAUUGCUAUCCUCCAACUACAAGAGGAAGGAAAAUUGCAUAUGAUGAAAGAAAAAUGGUGGCGGGGAAAUGGCUGCCCUGAAGAGGACAGCAAAGAGGCCAGUGCUUUGGGAGUAGAAAACAUUGGUGGUAUCUUUAUUGUGCUGGCUGCUGGACUUGUCCUUUCUGUAUUUGUAGCCAUUGGAGAGUUUAUAUAUAAAUCAAGGAAGAACAGUGAUGUUGAACAGGCUUUUGGUUUCUUUUAUGGACAACAGUGUAAACAAACUCAGCCAUCCAACUCCACGUCGGGAACCACCUUCACUAUGGAGCUAGACUGUGGCAAAUUGAUUCAAGAGGAACAUGGGAUCCAGACACAGUCCUCAGUCCAUACUGUGUAG